AUGGAGAAGAGGCUCACAGAGCGCAUCACAGAAUUUGAGCUGGCAAAUGGCCUGCACUUUAUAGUCAUGGAGAGGCACAACGCGCCAAUCGUCAGCGUGCACACAUAUGCCAACGUGGGAGCCUUUGACGAGGUGGAUGGCCAGACAGGCAUCGCGCAUCUGUUGGAACACAUGGCCUUCAAGGGGUCUGCCAGGCUGGGGACCAAGGAUUACCUGCGGGAGGCCGCGCUGCUCAACUCCGUGGAUGAAGCCUUCUACGCGUUCUGGGAGGCGCACGAGGCGGGGCAGGCGUCGCGCGCGGGGCAGCUGUACGCGCAGCUGCAGCAGCUGGUGGCGGCCGCGGGGGAGCUGGUGGAGCCCAACGCGUUCGGGUCGCUGCUGCAGCGGUCCGGCGCGGUGGGCCUGAAUGCGACUACCAGCCACGACGCCACCAAGUACUUCAUGAGCCUGCCCGCCAACAAGCUCGAGCUCUGGUUCGCCCUCGAGGCCGAGCGCUUCCAGGCGCCGGUGUUCAGGGAGCUGUACAGCGAGAAGCGGGUGGUGGCGGAGGAGCGGCGGUCGCGCAUAGAUUCGGCGCCCCUGGGCCGUUUCCAGGAGGCCUUUCUGGCGGCCGCGCUGGCCAACAACUACCGCCGCCCCGUCAUCGGCUUUGAGCGCGAUGUGGCGUCCCUGGGCCGCCGCGAGGUGGAGGCCUUCUUCCGGCGCCACUACGGGCCCCGCAACCUCGUCAUCUCCGUUGUCGGCGACAUUGUGAGGGAUCUGGCGGAGAAGUACUUUGGCGGCUGGCGCCAGGAGGUGCUGCCGGCAGCGGCGCCCAGUGCUGUGGAGGCGCUGCCGAGGCCGAGCCAGGGCCCCAUGGAGCUGCAGCAGGCUGCCAAGGCUGGUCCUGCCUUCAUGCAGGCUUUCUACCGGCCAGGGGUCGCCCACCCAGACGCGCCCGUCCACGACAUCAUCAGUGACAUCCUGAGCGGCUCGCGAACGGCGCGCUUAAACGCGAACCUGGUGCAGCGCGGGGUUGCCUACACGGCCAACUCGGUGCCGAGCUACCCGGGCGACAAGCAUGCCUGCGUCACGCUGCUGUACGCGCUGCCGGCCUCCGACGUUGGCCUGGCCGCCGUCGAGCGCGCGCUGGCCGACCAGAUCAGUGCCCUGGCCGACAGCGGUCCCACUGUACGCGAACUCCAGCGCAUCAAGAAGGCAUCAGCGGCGAAGGUGACACUGGUGGACGCGCUGCGCAGCAACAGCAGCAUGGCGUCCGCACUGGCGUCGUACCACGCACUGACAGGCUCCUGGCAGUCUCUGCUUACAGAGACCGCGCUCGUUGAGCAGCUCACGCCUGAGGACGUCCGAGGCGUGGCCGCCAGGACCUUCACCCCCGACAACUGCUUCAGGGGCCUUGUGCUGCCCUUGAAAGUGUGA